AGAGCACACAGCAACAUCAGUGGCUCUGAAUUCAUGACAUGGCAACAAAAAUCAUCUUCUUCACAGUGAAUGGGAGACCGGAGCAGGCUGAGUUCCCAGUGGAUUGUCCUGCCCAGGAUGUCAAAGAUCUGUUCCGCUCUGCAGCCGAGGCAGGACCUCAUGACAUCCUGAAGUUGUACAAUCCUAAAGGCAACAUCAUCAACAUCUCCCCAAGCCUGGACCCCAACAGCCCAGACUCCUGCUACAAGCUGGAGGUGGUGGCUGCCGACUGCAACAGUGAGCCGUUAGGUGCAGAGCUUGCUGGUGCACUAGGAUUUGACCUCUCCUCCAUGGAGAAAAGACUGCAGGGCCUGGAGAAGAAAAUUGUGAUCGAGGCCGGCGAGACGCCUGCAGUAGUGUAUGAGAUGAAGAAACAGGUGGAUUCAUUCCGGGAGAAACUAGAGAGUGUGGAGCAUCUGAGCUGGCUGGGAUUGUUUAAAGACCUGUCAGAGGGAACACACAAACCCUCCCCAUUCUACCACAAGAGAACCCUGCAUAAAACCAGGAAGGAGUGUGAGCAUGUACGGGAAAAGUUCCUUCAGAUGAGCUCCCUGGAGGUGUCAGAGGAAGUAAAGCAGUACUUAAAGACCCCAACCUUUGAUAACUGGCAGUGGGAGGACGCAGAGAUCAUGGUGCUCCUGCAAGUCAUGUACACAGACUUAGAUUUCAUAGCAGCUUUCAACAUUGAGCCCGAAGUACUGCAACAGUUCCUGUUUGAGGUCUAUCGAAGAUACAACAACAUCCCUUUCCACAACUUCAAGCAUUGUUUCUGUGUUACCCAGAUGAUGUAUGGUUUGAUCUGGCUGACUGACCUGAAGAGUAAGAUGGACAGCGUCGACCUGCUGAUCAUGCUGACCUCUGCAGUCUGCCACGAUCUUGACCACACAGGAUACAACAAUGCCUAUCAGAUAAAUGCUCGGACUGAACUUGCUCUCCGCUACAAUGACAUCUCUCCACUGGAGAACCACCACUGUGCAGUAGCUUUUGAGAUACUGGAGAAGACAGAGAGCAACAUAUUCAGGAAUUUGUCCAUGGAUCAGUACAAACGGAUAAGGGAAGGGAUCAUCAAAUGCAUCCUAGCCACUGACAUGACGAGGCACAAUGAGAUUCUCAACAAGUUCAAGUCCAUCCUGCCAGCUUUUGACUUCACCAACAAGGACCACAGAGAUGUGCUGAUGAUGAUUCUGAUCAAAGUGAGUGACAUAUCCAAUGAGGCGCGGCCCAUGGAGGUAGCUGAGCCCUGGUUGGACUGUCUUCUACAGGAAUUCUACAACCAGAGUGAUGUGGAGAAGUUAGAGGGUCUUCCAGUCACCCCCUUCAUGGAUCGGGACAAAGUGACCAAGCCUUCAUCUCAAACAGGCUUCAUCAGAUUCGUCCUUUUGCCUCUCUUCAUCGAGCUGGCCAACCUCUUCCCCUGCUUGGAGCAACACAUUAUCAACCCGGUACGGAAAGCUCUCGAUUACUACACAGAGAUGGAGAAAGCGCUGGAGAGGGAGCAACAGAACCGGGCUCAGAGUGAGAAUGCAGCCAAGAAUAAGGAGCCGACUGUGGGCACACAGAGCACAGCUGACAGCCACACAGAUGCUGGGCCUGAAGCCUCGAAACCAGACGUGCUCUGAACUAUGGUGGACAGCACACUUAGUGCCAGUGUGAUUUCAGAUUGAUUCAAAUGUAUUCUAACCAUCUAAAUUAGUCAAGAGAGCGGGCCCUCCAGCUAUGUGUUGUACAUGAAAAAUACAGAAAUAGAAAAUAUUAAUUUUGAAUUCAAAAAUAGAAGAUGUUUAAAAUACUUGCAACAUAUGUCCUUGAAAAAGGCAAACCUGUCUCAGUCAUUAUUGUCUUUUUUUUGGUAAAAUACUCCAGUCAAAUACUUAUUCUGGACUAUGAAAACUAUAAAUAAACCAUAAAAGAUAAUUUGACCUUUAGCUCACCUGGUAGAGUCUUUGGCAGUGGCCAGGGUUUAAAUCUGACCCAUGACCUUUUGCUGCAUGUCGCCCCCCUUCUCUCUCUCUCUAUCUCUCCUCCUAUCCUGUCACUCCCCAGCUGUCUGUACAAAAGGCAAAAAAUAAUCUUAAAAAACAAAACAACAAAAACAAUGUUCAAUUAGAUUAAUAAUUUCUUAUUUUCUUUGGUAUUUUUUCCAUCUAGGCCUACAGAUAUGCAAUGAUGAUUGCUGGGUAAUAUGUAUGCUGAUGUUGUCGAAUGUCAAGUCUCUAUUUGAUCAUAUGACGAGACGAUAUGAUACAUGCUGUGUUUGUGCAUGUGUGCUUUAUAACUAGUAACUAGUGUGCACUGGGGUGUAAUUACAUUACGCUACUGGCAACAUGUGUAUAGUGUAUAUUCUUGUCACUUGUAUCUGUUUAGAAAUGAGGUACAAACAGGAUGUAGAAAAUGGUGUGGCACUUUGUGUCUAUGUGGUAUGGACUGCUGUUUCUUUUCCAUUAUAUCCGUGGUUCUUUAGGCCAUCUUUCCAGCAUCGUUCACAGAACUUCCUGUUGCUGCUAUAAAGAGUUUACACUUGUCCUAUUAAAUGCAUCCAAGCCAUUCAGAUAAAUGUACAUGUGAAUGUGUUAAAGUUUGUAUCAGCUUCACAUAAAAUACGGGAUAAGGCUCUCAAAUGAAUAAUUACACAACUCUCAUCCAAAUGAACUGACAGGACAAGUUUCACAUUCCUGGCAGACUCAGAAUCAGUAACCUGCACAGAGCUGGUAAUACACUUUGGUGCCCAGUCGAGUAAAACAACGAUUCACCUGAGCUGUGUAGAGGAGACCGCCAUUCCAACUUAACAUUAUCUUAAAUCAUUUAGUGCUUCAUAGCCUCAAAAAGCCUCCAGACAGACAGAGUUACAUAAGCCUGAUCCCUUGCCCAUUAAGUCCAACGGAGCUGUAGUCUUAUUGAAUAAUCUGUGUUCCUACUUAAAAAAAAUAUUCAGAGAGUUUGACUGCAGGAACAAAAAAACAAACAAACAAACAAAAACAUAAGGGCUAUUGGCAGAUUGAAGUGGAGACAGUUUUAAUUAUUCAUGUUUAGAUUGAUCACAUUGCAUUAUAGAAUUAUUGUUUAAACCAUUAAAAUAUUAAUAUAAUUAUCAUACUUUCAAAUAAAUAUAUAUAUUAUUGAUUACCUACAAAGCCCUGAGAGACCUCAACCCAAGUUAUGUAUCAAAUCUCUGCCCUAUGUCCCUUUCCGUGCUCUGAGAUCCUCAGAUAUGUCGCUCCUCGUAGUUCUGAGGUCCAGCUUCACACUCAGAGGUGACAGAGCCUUUGCGUUUAGAGCUCUUACACCUUGGAAUGACCUGCCUGAGGAAAUCAGGGUGGCAAUUUUCUUGUCUUAUAAAUCACUUGUAAAUCCCACUUUUCAAAGAAUUGCAUUUCUGUGAUUUAAUCUGUUUUAUGACAAUUUAUUCUGUUUUGCCAUUGUGUUUUCUUAUGUUGAGUUUUUGGCCUUUUGUCCAUUUCAUUCUUUUCACGUUAUUAUGUGUUCUGAUUUUAUUGUAAAGCACUCUGUAACUGUAUUUUG